UUCAAUUUCCAAAGAUUUGUUUCCAAAAACACUGAAAACUAAAUGGAAACCAUUAAAACCGCAGCUUCCCAAUAAAACAAAUCGACAAAUUCAAAUUUAAAUCUUCCGCGCUUUCUCUUCCUCUUUACCAUUCUCUCAACUCUAUAAAUACCCGCUCAAAACUUCUCAUCCUCUUUACCAUUCUCUCAACUAUCAUAAAUCUGUAUCUCGAUCUAUACAUACACACGUUUGUAUCACACACGAUAAGAUAUUGAACACUAUGGAUUUUCAUUGCCUUGCGCGAAAAGAUCUCCAAACUCUGUGCAAAAUGAACAAAAUUCCGGCCAAUAGAACUAACGUCGCCAUGGCGGAAGCUCUCAGUUCUCUGAAUAUCGUGAAAGGAAUCGAGAAGUACUGUAAAUCAACCGAGUCAUCAGCAGCGGGAUCAUCGGUGGAGUCACCGGAGAAGAACGUUGUGACAUCCCCAAAGACUAUUGGAAGGCGAAAACAAGUAACAGCUACACCAGUCACUCGUCGAAAGAAAAGAGUUUCUCCUGUGAAAACUUUGCAAAGAGUUUAUAACACGAGGCUGUCUGCUAAGCUGUUGAAGAAGGAAAAAGUGGAGUCGGAAAAAAAAGAGUGUUUAGAAGCACUUAAAUUUAAUUCGGAUUGUGAAGUUGUAUCUGAUUGUGAUCUCGGUGAGGUUUUGGAGGAUAAAAGUGUUCCAGGCUGUGAUAAUGUAGGAGAAAAUUUGUCCGUGCCUGAAAUUGAACAGCAAAAUAUGUCUGUGUUGUGGACAAAUGCCAGUGAAGAUCUGGAUUUGAAGGAAUCGUCUGCAACAGAAAUGAAAUCUGUUCCGCUGCAAAACAGUGAUUAUGGGUUUAGAAGUUUAAAGAAGCCAAACGACAAAGAUAUGGUGGUAUUAGAAGUGCCAUUUUGUGAAAAGAACGAUGAUGUUGGGGUUGGUUUAAUUUUCUCUGAAGUACAUGCUGAAGUGAUACCAAAUGAAGUUAAAGUGUUCCAAAAAGAUGCUAAUAAGGCUGAGACGCCGGUCAGUGAAAGGAAAGAUGCUAUACCAAAUUUAUCCCCGCAAGAGAAGGGGUCUCUUGAUGUUGGAUUUUCAUAUUCGAAAAAUGAACUCGGAAGGGGGACUUCACGGAGGGGAAAUGGUGAGAAUUUGAAUGCUCAGGUUACUGCUAUAACAGAUAUGAAUGAUGAUACUGGAGUUGGUUUAAUUCACUCUCAAACAGAUGCUGAAGUGAUACCUAGUAAGGUUGAAGUGUUCCAAAUAGAAGCUAAUAAGCCUGAGACGCCAAUCAAUGAAAGGAAAGAUGCUAUACCAAAUUUAUCCCCGCAAGAGAAGAUGUCUGUUGAUGUUGGAUAUUCUUAUUCGAGAGAUGAAUCUAAAAGGAGGGCUUCACCGAGGGGAAAUGGUGAGAAUUUGAGUGCUCGGAUUACUGCUGUAACAGAUAUGAAUGGGUCUGAUUAUAUGGGAGUUGAUUCCUCUUAUGAAAUUGAAAAAGUAAGGGGGUCUCUGAACUCGAAAUAUGCUGAUAGAGAUCUGGAUUCAAAGCACACAGCUGCAGAGAAUAUGAAAUGCAAACAGUUAGAAAACAAUGUUGAAGGGUUUCAGAUUUUGAAAAUGCCAAGCUGUAACACUAUGGUGGUAGUAGACGUGCCUCUUUAUAAAAAAAAAGAUGAUGCUGGAAUUGAUUUAUGUAACUCUGAAACAGCUGAUAUUACUAAAGUGAUGCUAAAUGAGGUUGAGACGCCAACCAGUGAAAUGAAAGCUGCUAUACCAAUUUUAUCCCUGCAAGAGAAGGGGUCUGUUGAUGUUGGAUUUUCAUUCCUGACAAACGAAGUUCAAAGUGGGAAUUCAAAGAGGGGAAGUAGUGACCAUUUGGAUGCUCAGUUUAGUGCUUUGACAGAUAUGAUAGCAGGAGACUUGAGUAGCAAGGGUAAAUUUCAUCUUUCUGAAAUUGAACAAUUAAGUGAGUCUCCAAACUCAAAAUAUGCUGAUAAAAAGCUGGAUUUUAAGGACACAGAUGAUACAAAUUUGAAAUCUGAAUUCCUUACCAACAAGGGGUCUUGUAAUGUUGAAGCUGAUUCAUCUGUCCUGGAUAUUGAACAGCAAAUUGAGUCUUUGAAGUUUAAAAAUGCUAUUGAAGAUGUGGAUGCAAAGGAAUUAGCUGCUAAAUAUUUGGAAUCCAUUGUGUUAAAAAUGAACGUUGAUGGCUCUAAAAUGGAUGCUGUAGAUGUUCUAGAGGAGAUACCAUGCCGCGAACAUAUGGUGGUCGUAGACCCACUGCACCAUAAAACGAAGGAUGUAGAUGAUGUUGAUUUCUCACCCCGUGAAAUUGAAAUCACAACAGAAGUACGAGCCAAUGAGGCUAAAUUUUUGCCGAAGGGUACAGAAAACGCAGAAGUAAAGACUCCAAUCCAGAGAGCCAAGGUUACCGAAAAGGUUUUUUCACCAAAAGAGAACGACUCCUUUCCAGGGCCUGAUGAAGUUGGAGUUCAUUUUUCCUUCUCUGAAGGGUCUGAUGAUGUUGAGCUACAUUUUUACGUUUUAGAAGCUGAUAAAAACAUGGAUGCUGCAGUUAAUUUUUCAACAGAAAGCUAUGAAAGAGAGAGUCUGAAAGAGCAUUUGAACAUGGAGAGCUGUGAAAAAGUCGGCUUCGGUGAAGGGGUGCAUGAUUUAAUGAUCCAGCCAAAGUCAGAGAAAGUUAUGUUGGAGUGUUUGUCCUCCGGUGUGGACAAUUCUGUAGAUGGAGAGAAUUUUGAUAACAGUGUAAAAAUUCUGGAGGAUAUAAGUUGCAAUUCAGAAUCAGGUGCGGCCUAUGGUGAUGUCAAAGGACUUGCAUCUCAGGAGGAGAUAAGUUGCCAAGCAAUUGCCUGUGGUCCACCUAUAUGCUCAGAAAGUAGUGAAAGACUUGAAAACUCAAUUCACAACAAUUCUGAUGAUGAUACUUCCAUUGAUACAGAAUUCUUUCAACACAAUGCUUAUUCCAAGCAAUCGGACAGCAGUAGAAAAUCUUCUGAAAUUUACAGCUCUGAUGGUGCUUUCAAAUAUGCUGAUAAAUUAGAGAUGAAAGGCUCCGUCAAGGCAACUAAUGAUUUUUCUGGCAGAGUACUAUCUGUUGAUGAAAUGGGUGAUAAAGAUAGUUUUUCUGAUGAUCCAGAAAGCAACUCAAAAACAUUUGACAACAGUUCUUGUGAUACCGAAGCUGAAUCUUACUUCCUAGAAUAUGCGAUUUCUUCCAAGCAGCAGAACAGAAAGAGAGAAUCUACAGCCUCCCAAAUUUUUGACAGCAGUUGUACAAGAGAACCAGCGGAUCAGUCUGAAAUGCCAGAGUCAUUUGAUUCAUCUAUUGGCUACUCUAGUGAAAUAGCAAGUUCCAAUCAACUUUCUGCAAAAUCUAUAUCCAAGGAAUCAAGAUUACCUGUUGCAAGUGAUAUUUCUUCUUGUUGUUCAGGAAUCAAGAAAUUGAGCUUUGAUGCGAGUCCAAAAGCGUCAGAAGCUAAGUCUCCCUGUUUCUUGAAGCUAGGUGGACAGAUGUGCCCCUCGUCAGCACCGCCAAGUUUACAGUCCCGGAGAACCAAGAUUCAUUUGAGGGAGCAACCCCUGCUUUUAGCAGAUCAUCCAUUUACUGAAAAGGUCUUAUCCAGCUAUAUGCUAUCAUCGGGACCAUGUCAAUUUGCCAAUAUGUCCAAUUACAUGCCACUGUCUAAGGUGGAUAGCAAUGUUUUAGAUGACAAGGAAAAUAUCGAACAAAAUGAUAUUUAGGUGAAGCUUACACAAGAGAAGGCAUGCAAUAGUAAGGAUGCAGUUGUUAUCUCUGAGAAUCAUGAAGUUUAGGUGAAAUUUUGAGGAUUCCUUAAUAUGGUGAACUUCGACAUUGAGACGCUGAGUUUGAACUAGAAUAUGGGCUUGCUUCCUGCAGUUUUUGUUAGUUAUCUUUUGCUUUAGUUUGUCUAAGAUAUAAUGGUGAUUUGCAUUUUGAUGGAUUUCUUCAUUUUGUCAAGUUUUGGAGAUUUAUAAUAUGAAUGAUUUAUGUUCUCUUAAUUCU